GGAAGAUUCAAUAUGGCUUUUGCGUAAGAGUUGUUGUGUUGAUUUUUUACUGAAAGUAAGUACUAUUUCAUUGAAUGGUGUUAGAAAUCAAGUAUAAUGAAAGAGGAAGAUGACGAAGACCCAGUUGUCGAGGAGAUCCCGGUGUACCUGUCCCAGAUGCUUGCUGAGAAGCUGUUCAUCUACCAGUACCCGCUCAAGCACAGCGAGAAAGGCUACGAUGAGACUAGGGUUAUCGCGAGCUGCGUCAAGCCCCAGCACCAGGAGGUGCGGCUGGAGAUCGGACUGGACGCCCGCAACCCCAACUUCGACGCGGGCAAGGCCGAGCAGAUAGCGCUCAACACGGACGGCCUGCCGGGCAGGAAGGACGAGAAGAAACCGGAGGAGAAGCUGUUCAAGAGCGACGUGAUGGACAAGCUGGUGCUGACGUCCACCCGCUCCGUGCCGGCCGCCUCCAACUACGCGCUGGGCGUGCUGCUGGACAAGGAGCUGCACGUGACGCCCGUGCGAGGCAUCCUGGCGCUGCGCCCCUCCUUCGGCUACCUCGACAAGUCGGACCGGCGCGCCAAGGAGGACGCCAAGGAGCGGGGCGAAGAGAUGUCCGGCGAGGAGGACGGGCCCGAGGAGGAGGAGGAGAUGAAGCAGAUCACGGUGAAGUUCGCGCGGCGCGAGAACGACAAGCUCAAGCAGGCGCGCGAGCGCUCGUACGGCUUCCUCAGCAAGCGCAUCGCCGAGGAGUCGUGGUACCACACCGACUACCACCACAGCAAGACUGACCGCGCCGAGAUGGAGAGGAGCAAGCUGUACUGCCCCGCGACCCACGAGCAGCUCACGGAGCUCAGCCUCUCGCCCGCGGAGUACCUCGCCGCGCUGCUGCCGCGGGGCGCGGAGGAGGAGGAAGCGGCGGCGGCUCCCGGGGCCCGGCCCUCGUCCCUGAAGGACCUCCGGCGCCUGCCGCUGGUCGACCAGGUCAAGGCCGUCCUCCGGGAGGCGAAGGUGCUGCGCUUCGACGCGCUGACGUCCCUGCUUCCCGCGCCGGCGGACCCCAAGGCCGUGCUCCGCGCCGUGCAGCAGGCGGGCGUGCUGGUGCGAGGCAACUGGGUGGUGCGCAGCGACGUGCUUCACCCCAAGGACUCUGCCAGCGACCUGCACGGCGUGCCGGCCGAGAUCAUGUGCCGCGCUCGCGACCACAUCCUGCACCAGCUGGACCAGCACCAGUUCGUGGACCGGCGCCAGGUGGCGGCGGAGGUGCGGCUGCCGUUCGAGGAGGUGAAGGAGCUGCUGUCGCAGGUGGCGCGACUGCGGCCGGGACGCGGCUGGGAGCUGCUUCUCCCGCUCGACGACGACUUCCUCUCCAGGCACCCGGAGGUGGCGGAGCGGCAGAGGCUGUGGUGGGAGGCGAAGCGGGGCCAGGCGGACGGGGGACUCCGCGAGGGACCGCCCCGCCCCCCGGGACGCCCCCGCCGCCAGUCAAACCGCGACUCGUCCGUCGGGUCUUCGGACGGGGAAGCCGCGGCCGGCGGCCGCCGCCGUCGCAAGUCGACGCAGCGCGACUCGAUCAGCUCGGACGAAGGGGGCGGGGGUGACGGGUCCCGGGCGCAGCGCCGCCGCCCCGCCAAGGACCGCCCCGUCGUCAAGCCCGAGCCGCCGGAGACGUGACCUGCGGCUCCCGUGCGGCCGGACGCAAGACCGGGCCCCGGAUCACGCCGAAGCAGCUUAAAUCUAUGUCCUCGUCAAGCUUUCAGCAUCAUUACCUACCGCCGCGGAACCCCGCACAUCCCAAACCCGUCGUUUUUUUUUUUGUUUCCCCUCGUUGGAUCGCGUCAUGCGACGAGGAACCGACCCGAUGAAUCUGAGAGCGGGGGGAAAUUAAGUUCAAUUUUUUUGUGGUGGCCACACGUCAUAUAAGUUCGUAUUGUAUUCAUCAAAGAUUUAAGAUAUGUCGAGUGGGAGUUUGGGUAGGUGAUGUAUUUGUGUAUGCAAUGUUCUGUUUGAAUUUUAAUUUUUUUAUUUCGUACCUGAUCUAUCGUAUAGGAAACUGCAAAUUAACCAAAAAAAUUUUUAAAAACACAUUUUUAGGGAAAUUUGGAAUUUUGGUCACGGGAAGUAGGCUAAAUGUCAGGGGAAAUUAGAUUGCAGAUUUGUGAGGACGUCGUGGAUAAUAAUGUUUGUAAAACAUUCGCAGUCUUGUUCAAUUUGCCCUGUGGCUGCUGCUUCGGGAUCUCGCGUUAGUUUUGGUCUUUUAAGUCGCUUUCUGUUAAAAGUCCUUCCUGUCUCGUCGGAGCCUCUCGGACGCGAGUCCGUAGAUGCCAGCCACGGACGUCCGGUUGCGUAGGCGUCGGUUGAAAAGCGAGCUGUGUGGUUUGUUCAGACCAAACCAGCGUGCCUCCACGUGACAGCGGCUCCAAACGACGACAGGAUAUUCGCAGAAUCAAGAGCUGCUAAAGGCAUAGCGCGCCAUGCGACCGUGGCUUGGCCGCUGUGUCUUCCCCGUACUUUUUUCCCAACCGUGCCGUUCUGGCUUCCCGUGUUGGUGUCGCCGUCCGUAUCUGCGCUUUUGAAUGCUGCGUUGGUUCUUGCAACCUUGUCUUCACGACAUCAUCAAAUUUAAAUUCCCAUGCCGUACCAGGCCUUCGGAGGACAUUCCACUCUCAGGAUAUUGUACUGCUUUCCGUUUUAGUUUCCUUCAGACAAACGUGAUUUAGGGUCCUUUUGUUCUUUAAAAAUUCUUUGCAAUCUUGUUGAUUCGUUGCCAGUGGAGCAUUGCGCUGUUCAGCGGUGGAUAUGUGACCUGGUGAUCUACUAUUCACAAAGUUUUGCAUCGGAUGCGAAGCUUUGCAUCACAAUCGAAGCUUCAAAUAAAAUGGAAUAGCAAAUAUCCUGGCCGAGUCAAAUCAAAUAUCAAAAUGAGCUUCGAUUGAUUUCGCGUAAUCGAAGCUUCGCACGGGCGUAAUAAGUCAUGGAAAUUUCUUUAGUGAUAAAUGGUGAAGACUGGAUUUUUUUUUAUUUCUCAGAAAAUUGCUACAUAAGCAAAUUAUUUAAAAUUUAAAAAAAAAAUAUAUGGGUAGGUAAUUUGAAAUUUUGGUCAAGGAAACUGUGCAAAUUUUAUCACAGAUUUUUAUGGACACCCUGGUUUGAGACUAAUGCAGUUUAUGUGGUACUUAUUAAGGACUAAAUCUCCGUGACAUAGAGGAACAAAUUUGUAAAAUGAUAAAAUUGAAGUGACCCAAAUUCCCAUCCUGCAUUGAAAUGAUAAAUUAAAAUGGUUGCAAAUGUGAACUUUCCACAUGUUUGCAAGUGUGUGUUAGUUAAUUUUUUAAGAUUAUUAAAAUGACGUUCUGGGUUUGUAAUCAUGAAACUAUUUGAUGUGUACAUACUUAGUAUUUGUAUUGAUAUUUUUAGCAGAUGUUACAAGCAUUGAUUGUCUUAUACAAAUACAUACCAUCAAUGUAACCCACUGCAGGAAAUUGGCGGGUUUAAGAUUGAUUGUUUUGAUGUAUUGCUGUUAACUGUUAGUGCAUAUCUUAAUGCCUUGUUUCUACUGCCAAUGUAGUUUUUUUUAAUAUAAAUCCUGAUAUAUAGAGAUUGGUUGCAGUUACGUUAUCAUUCAAACUCCACCAUUAUAUUUAAUUACUAAGCUCAGCUGUCUUUAUGUCCAGUUGUGCUUUAUGUUGCAUGCUUACGGCGAGUAAUAUGAUUGGCCAGGCAUCGUUUGUAAGGUCUUACUCACUGCCUUUGAGUAGCUGUACGUUUAGCAAAGGAUAUUAUUAUGUGUACAGAAUAUUGUAAUUUUUUUUUGUAAAAAAAUCUCUCUUAUUUAUUAAACAGUCAACUGUAAAAAAAAUA